AUGGCAGUAAAUAUAUUAAACAGUAAAGCGGAUACAAUCCGUUCCAGCGCGGCCUUGCUAACUACAAUUUCCGCUGCUAAAGGAUUGUAUGAUAUAUUGAAAUCAAAUUUGGGACCCAAGGGUACAUUCAAAAUGCUAGUCAGUGGUUCAGGCUCAAUAAAGAUAACCAAGGAUGGCAAUGUUUUAUUGAAUGAAAUGAUGAUAAGACAUCCAACAGCUACAAUUUUGUGCCGCGCUGCUACAGCAAUGGAUGAGAUAACAGGUGAUGGUACCACAAGCAAUGUGUUGUUAGCAUCGUGCCUAUUAAAGAAUAGUGAAGAAAAUAUCUUGUAUGAAAAUGUCCACCCUAAAUUCAUUUGUGAUGGAUUUGAUAUAGCAAGGGAAGAGGUUCUUAAGGUUCUAGAUGAAAUUUCGGUGGAUGUGCCAUUGGAGACUACUAACGGCGGUAGAACGGAUUGGGAAAUGUUAGAAUGCGUCGCGAAAACUUCUAUAAGAACUAAGAUAAACCUUAAGUUAGCAGAUGUAGUGACAUCACAAAUUAUGGAGGCAAUCAAACUUAUAUAUCGUCCUGGUCAAUUAAUUGAUCUAUUCAUGUUGGAGAUUUUACAAAUGAAGCAUAAAUUAAGUACUGAAACUAAGUUGAUAAGAGGAAUGGUGUUUGACCAUGGUGCCAGACAUCCCGAUAUGCCAAAAAUGGUUAAAAAUGCAUACAUUCUCACCUUAAAUUGUUCUCUAGAAUAUGAAAAAUCCGAAGUUUUUUCUGGUUUCUUCUACUCCAAUGCACAACAGCGUGAUAAAUUGGUUACUUCAGAGCGAAAAUUUACCGAUGAAAAGGUUGAAAAGAUUCUUGAGCUAAAACGCAAAGUAUGUGACGAUAACACAUCAUUUGUCGUAUUAAACCACAAAGGCAUCGAUCCAAUUGCUUUAGACAUGCUGGCAAAGGAAGGUAUCAUUGCUUUGAGACGUAUCAAAAGGAGAAAUAUGGAACGAUUAACUUUGUGUUGUGGUGGCAAUGCAUGCAACAGCGUAGAAAAUUUGACAAAGGAAGAUUUGGGAUUUGCAGAAAUGGUUUAUGAGGAGAUGCUAGGAGAGGACAAAUAUACUUUUGUUGAAGGGGUUAAAAAUCCUUCCAGCUGCACAAUCCUAAUCAAAGCUCCAAAUGAGUAUUCCAUUACUCAGAUCAAGGAUGCGAUAAGAGAUGGUGUAAGAGCGGUAAAUAAUUCUUUGUUAGAUGGAAAAGUUGUACCUGGCGCUGGUGCUUUUGAAAUUGCCGCUUAUUCCAAACUAAUGGACCUAUCAAGACAAACGAAAGGAAGUUUAAAGUAUGGCGUAUCUAUUUUUGCCGAAAGUUUAUUAUGCGUCCCUAAAAUCCUGGCAGAUAAUGCAGGGCUAGACUCUAAGGAGAUUGUAUUAAAUAUUAUUGACUUGCAUAAGAAAUCUGGAAGACCAUUGGGGAUAGAUUUGGAAACUGGAGAACACAUUUCCCCGAGUAUAGCAGGCAUAUGGGAUAAUUAUUGUGUGAAACGGCAAGUGGUGACUAUAGCUUCCACUGUUGCUCAGCAACUUCUACUUGUGGAUGAGAUAAUGAAGGCCGGGAAAAGUAUGAAAAAUUGA